AUGGACCGACACCAUUUUCACAAUACUCAGGGAAAAAGCGAGGACACCACAGUCAAUCCACCCGACCUAAAAUUGCAUAACUCGUGGCAACAGCAGCAGAAGCAAGCUAUACCUACCAAUUUUCAUUCAUUAUGUUCCUUUGCUGUCAACGGCUCCGAUCCUGCAGCACCCAAAAGGUCUACAGAUGCUUAUAAAUGCCACCCAUCACAACCCCCUAGAUAUGUGAAUAGUAUGAACUCCAAUAACCACUCCUUAUAUUCAUCCCCCACCCCCCUCCUGGGUGCCAGAGACUUAUUCUCUGAAACCUUUUCCUCUUUGCUCUCUCAUGGCGGUAUCGACACCAGUCUGAAUGAGGUGCCCAAGUUCAGUAAUCAUAGCAGCUUCUCACUAUCCUUCCGGGGUGAUAAGUGUAUUAAGGAAACCACCAAUCGUGUGGUGAUUGGGGGAAAUCGGUUUGUGAUUGUGUCCUAUGCGAUCUCCGGACAUUGUGACGCGGUUUAUCGACGGAGCCGGAAGAUUUGGGAGCGCAUUCCGCUCGGGCUGGUUCAUGUUUUUCGGUCCCUCUCCCAGCCUCCCUCCGAGGUUUCCUCGAGCCCAUCGCCGUCCCCGGUAGGACGCCCCGGCUUGCGCGGGAAGGGCCAUGGGGGGCCUGAGAGUAAUGGCAAUCCCGUUACUGGGUCCCCUCCCAGCCCUGGCAGAAACGGUCCCUUCUAUCACUCGUCCCCCUCCCUCCUGCCGGUGGCGGCGCUGAAUGGGAUGCGACGGUUCGGCGACUGGAAUGACGCCGUCGCGUACGGCUACAGCGUCAACAAGGCGGCCCCGCUGGCCGCCAUCGCGAUAGAGAAGAUCGACGGGGAGGGGGGGAUGUUGACGGCCUUUAGCGUGGACAAAACUCGCUAUUGGGUAAUAGGGUGCCGCAGCACAUACCUCAUACUUCGCAUCGACUCCAUCGAGGAUAUGCAGCUCUACGACGACGAUUCCUCUGUGAGAUUGGCCACCAGUCCUAGUGGUUCAUUGCCGGGGCGCUCGAACGGGGCCUUAGCUAAGCGCAUGGCCCUGCUGUGGUAUCGACUUUUGAAGGAACAUCUAAGUCCCGAUAGGGUGGAGCAACUUCACCAGGAAUUAUCUAGUCGACAGUGGACUUGUUGUUUCGACGCGGUCGUUGUCGGGUGGGAAAACACAGUGAACCUUGGUAUGAGUUCGGUUCAAGGCACCCAAGGAGUCGAUAAACCAAACAGGGCCGCUGCCCAUGGCAACUAUUCACAGGCAAAUGGACGACUUAACGUCAAUUCUUGUGCUAGGGGUGUCACAGGUCAUGUGGUUCAAACAGGCCACGAAGUCCCUAAUGGUUUACCGGGUAGCGGGGGUGAUAUGGAAGGAUUUCUCGUUUUCUAUGCGGCCACAGUUUGUGAUGUGUUGGAGAAAGGGCUGUGUGUGCCGGUCCUUGAUGCAAUGGACUUUUUCCAAAGGUAUCAUCUGCCCACUGCAUCGUACUACGGUCCAUUUGAAAUGAAUUCACCAGAGUACGAUACUUACAGAGCUCAGGUGAGCGGCCAGAUCAACAGUGUGGGGGCUGUGUUAUAUGGAACCAAUGAGCUCGGUGUUGUGGUGCGGAUAUGGAAGUGCCGUUCCUACCCACAUAUAAUGGAGCGAGUUGCUCAAGAAUUAAUCGUCACAAACCAAUUGCAAGACGCUGAGCUUUUGGCAAAGAUCGAAAAAAAACUUAGUGGCUUACCAAAAGGUACCCGUGUAUAUACUAUUCAGUGGAAAAAACAACGUGUUCCUUUCUUAGUGAAGUUUGCAGCCUGGUUGCACCAAACUAUGCGACUUACACCCUCAACAAACCUCAGCGCGCUACGGGAACUGCGCUCGUACUGGAUUACAACCCAGAAUAUAUACCAAAAAGAGGCAGCCUGCAAACAAGUCGACGGUGAACCGACGAUGGAGGGGGUCUUUCCUUCUGAAGAAGCCACAGUAAACAACGGCAAUGUACCGCAUCUACCGGAUGUUUUGAUGCUUGUUGGGCCUCAGGGAAGCGGCAAGUCCACAUUGGCGCGUGCCCUCUUUGCGCUUCUCGAACAAUCAGGCUUUUUACCACUAUGGGUAAAUCAGGACGAGGCGUCUGGUCGGUGCGGCUAUCUCGCUGCUAUUCGCCGAGGUGUGUCGGGGAGUUGUUAUACACACAUUAUCUUGGAUAAGAUGAACAUUAGCAAUCUCUCAAGACUUGACUACGUGCCCAUGAAGCUCAACUUAGUUUUGACCGUCGCGUGGACACACUCAGAGGGCAUUGAGGCGUUGGCGGAGUUGUGUUUCGAGCGCGUUAAAAGACGCGGCUCAAACCACCGAACAUUUGGAAUUGUUCAUGACCCUCGCCAUCCUAACGGCCAUUCCUUGGGGGUAGAUCUGAAAGCUCAGCUUCAACGUGUUCGUGGCAUUAUUCACUCGUGCGCUAAGCAAUACGAUCUUCCUGUGGGUGAUCCGACUCUUCUUGAGGUCGAUGCCACUCUAAACUGCAAUACUAUCGUACGUCAAGUCUGGUUGAAGCUUCAAGAACGUGGACAUCACAACCUUCCUAAUUUAUCCAAUUAUAAUAUAGCCAAUGCACUGAGAGUGUCCGUAGGCUAUGAACGCCUAAUAACGCAAUAUCCGUAUCAUGUAGCAGCCGUAGUUUUGAAAUCUGAAGACGAUGCGGCACUGCACGGACUGGUUCCCCCGGGUUUGCUAAAAUAUGGCAAAUGUAAAGUAAAGCUCGACUCUGCGCAGAUUCGUCUCCACGACUUCAUAGUGAAUCCAAGUCCAACAGUCUUCGUGCGAUACUCUUCACUUAUCGGAAAAAUGGUGGUUUUAAGGGUAACAGCGAUUGUGGCAGAUCAAAGGGCUACACUGCUGUGCUUUAGCAAACAUAGUGCGGGAAAUGGUUCGUCGGGCCCGUCCUGGCCCAUGCCAAAGAGGGACUUUGUGAAUUCAGCCCAUAUUAGCACUUUAGGAAACUCUUCAAGGCAUUCCACUCAUGGUGCAGAGGCGGAUAGACACAGUAACAUAAGGAUGGGUGAAACUUCAUUACCAGUUAUAGCUGUGCUUUCAAAGGCUAAAACGAUAAACCACCAGUAUUGUGUGGACCUGAUCCAGCGUGUGUUAAACUCAAACAAGCCGGACCCAUGCUGCAUUAUGUUGCCUUUACAGGAACAAUUUCAGGCUACCUUUACAUAUCAAUUUGUAGCUAAAAGCUAA